AUGUUGAAAAUUGCAAAAACUAGAUUUGCAUCCCUGAGCUUUAAUAAGUUCAUAACCGGGAUCGGACGCUAUAGGUUCCUAAAUAGCGAGGACAAACAAAAGCUACUUUCUCAGCAUUCAUUGAAGACUGUAUCAUCCGAAGAUACCAGUAUAAUAUACAAAAUAUUAAAUCUUCCUUCGAAUACCGCAAAUAAAUCACCAAAGGAGACAACUACAAAAGCUAAUCACAAUCGCAUCCAUCCUUUAAUAUCGCGUCACCUUGAAAGGGCAGAAAAUACAACCAGGAAACAGUUCCAAAGGAGACAGUCAACUCCAAAGGUUAACAAUGUCCCCGGAGGUGUAGAUCCUACAGCCCCUCCUUUUCCUUACGAAAUAAAAUCUGAUCUAUUCUCACAAAAGACAGAAACCAGUUCUCUAGUAUCUGAUGUAAUCAAAGCGACAAAGUAUGAAGAUUUAAAACAUGUUCUAGAAGAAAUACGUCCUGUUCCACAGCAUGUGCUCACGGACAAAUUUAUCGAUGUUAUGUCCAGAGCUAUAGAAGAAAAUAUAUCUAACUUGGAGCGCCCAGCUCUAGUCAAUGAACUCUCUGACUAUGAAUCUGCCUAUGCUAUGAAGAGAGCUGCAAUACGAAACUUGCUAGUUAACAAAUGUACAAGAAAUGAAUUUGAAGAAACAAGAGUAGAAAAAUUCAUUGAUUCUCAUCUUAAUUUUUAUAAGCAGAGACUCAACUCACCAUUACCACCUGAAGUCUUGGAACCUCUAGCGGCCUUUAGAGGCGAUGUGUACUACUCAUUCUCUCCAAUGACCCGUCUUCAACAGAAAAUAAACGCUAUACACAUGCUUGUGCAAGGGAUCGUAAAUGGUGAUAAAGAUAUAGUCACAAGAUUGCCAGAAUUUGCGGGGAAUGGAAAUAACUACCCCUUCAGGAACUAUUAUGGGUUCAAAUCUUGUAUUCCAGAUGAAGUUACAGGAUCUAUAAACAUGGGAAAAAUCAAACGUGAUGAGCACUUGAGAUAUCCCAACUUGCAAUGUGUAGCCCAUUCACUACCUAGGGAUCCAAAAUAUAGAGCAGUUGUGACUCACGCCAUUAAAAUACUAGAAAGGAGCAGAGGAUGGGAUCAAUUGAGUAAAAUUAAAGCAAUCAAUCGGCUAGUACAAGUAUACAACAACCUGGCAUCUUCAGCUCACUACUCGGAGAUGCUAAACAAAGCCAUUCCACUAGAAAGAAAGAAGGGAACAGUAAUUAAAACACUAACACGCCAAGAAGUAUUCAACAAAGGGUUGAAAUACAUACCAUCUCUCUUCCGUAACCAUUGGAAUAGGUCGAAGCGUAAAUAA